GGCAGACCGUGGGGGAGGUAAUUAAACUAGAUGUUGGUGAACCCCAGAGGAAAGUUUGGGGCAAAAGCCCUACUGAUUCAGUGCUGAAGAUACUGGGAGAAGCAGAGUUACAGCUUCAAACUGAAUUACUGGAGGAAAUAACUAUCACAAAUGAAGUUCCUGAAGAAGGUUCUCAGCCCUUAACAAUGAAAGAAAACAGCGAAGUAAAAAUUGCUUCUUGUAUUGGAAAGAAAUCUUCAGCUCCAGUUGUUGGUAUCCUAGAAUCUGAAAGGACAAUACCAGAGGAGUCACAAACAUUUGAUGCCACCCAAGUGCCAUCCAGGCCUGUUGUGCUAGAUGAGCUGGAUGAUUUGGAAGAAGAAAUAUUGGAAGAAACUGAAAAAAAUAAGUGCAAAAGUGACCAGUUUAUCAUCACUGUUCAUGAUGUGUGGGUUAAAGAAAGGGAAGCAAUAACGGAGAAUGGGCCACAGGAAGAUACUGCCUGUCAGAAAGAUGGUGGUGGUGAUGAAGCAGCUUUGGAGAAGGAAAUGCCACAUAAUGCGCAACCGCAUGAUGAAGUUUCUGCUGACACUUGUCUCAGUGACUCUAUGCAACCUGAGCCCUUUUUCCAGAAGGUGCCACAACCACAAGCCAUACCAACAACCUCACCAGUUCUGUCAGCUCAGUCUUCACUGGAAGAGCCUUUUCCACCUCGUUCACGAUCUGUAUCGCCAGCAAAAAGGAAAGGCAAAAGUUCAUUACUGAUUGGGCUCUCUACUGGCCUGUUUGAUGCAAACAAUCCAAAGAUGUUAAGAACAUGUUCACUCCCAGAUCUUUCCAAGUUGUACAGAACACUAGUUGAUGUUCCCAUUGUAGCAGAUGUACAACAUCAAGACAACCUUGAAAUAGAGGAUAUGGACGAUGAGCAUGUCAAAGAAGGGCAUUCUGAUUCUGAAGACAUUACAUUUGGUGAGGCAGAUACAGACUUGCGGGCGCUUCAGGCCUCGAUGGAACAGUUACUUAGGGAGCAGCCUAGUGAGGAAUUCAGUGAAGAGGAGUUGUCAACCUUAAAGGCAGAUACUGCAGCACGCAUAACAAAUGGUACAGAACAGGUUGAUGAGGAUGACAACAACCCCAGCAGUGAAAGUGUACUUAAUGAAGAAUGGCAGUCAGACAACAGUGAUGGGGAUAUUGCCAGUGAAUGUGAAGCAUAUGACAGUGUCUUCAGCCAUUUGGAAGAGUUGAGAUAUAAUCUGGAACAGGAAAUAGGCUUUGAUAAAUUCAUUGAAGUUUAUGAUAAAAUAAAGGCAAUACAUGAAGAUGAAGAUGAGAAUAUUGAUAUUUGUUCAACAAUAGUUCAGAAUAUUCUGGGAAAUGAAUAUAAACAUCUGUAUGCCAAGAUUCUUCAUUUAGUGAUGGCAGAUGGAGCCUAUCAGGAAGAUAAUGAUGAAUAAAUCUGACUCAGGAAGUGUGAUAUGUAGGUGUCUGGAUUCUGUACAGCAGAAUUGCGAGUUACAAUGGAAAAUGUAAUUGAAUAAGGAGCAGGAAAGUGGGAGACAUAAGUAAAGCAUGCUGAUUACAUGAAGAAGAUGGAAAAACAUGCCUAUAUUUCAGAUGAGAUGUUUAUGUAUUUCCUUUUAUGUGUCCUCAUUUUUAAAGUUACCUGCUGCAGAAAUUACACUUUAUCUUAAAAAUUUCAACCAAAGUAUACAGAGGAUGGCCCAGAAGAUGUUUGUUUUUUUAAAUCAAGAUAGAUUUAUCAUGUAAUAGAGGCCUUCCCAUAUUAACUGUUGGCUGUUAGGUGUAAGGAGUUAAAAGGAUUACCAUGUUUUGAAAAUACCUGCUUCUAGCUCUUCACUUACACACUAAAAAUAAUUCUGUUUAUCCCUACUAAAGAUUGUAUUUCAUUUUCAGUAGACCAGUUAGACUGUAUUUAAAUAAUCACAUUGUAUCAGUGGCCCAAGUUUGAAUAGUUCACAUUUUUUAGAAUAAAACUGGUAGCAUGUUGAAGUUUCAAUUUGUCACUUUUUAACCAGUGUCAUCUAAACUAUCUUAAUAGCUUUUGCAAAUUGAGGCAAACUGGUCUAUAUCACAUCACUGAAAAAAGUUGUUUUUUUUUUCAAAGGAGUAAUGGAAUUCAUUUGGAACCGGAGAGUUUCUGCCAUAAUCUUUCUAGCAGAGACAUUAAUACUUCAAAUUUUGCUACCUUCUCUAACUAUAAAGCUGUGCAAAAGUUAAGGCUGCUCUUUUUUUCCCCCUCCUGCCACACAGAGAAAAACAAAAUGGGAUAAUUUAUCUAUGUUAAACACUUAAAUACCGUGUUACUGUUGUCAUUUUGACACUGAUGAUUUGUUGUGUGAUUUCCCAGGACAAUAUAAACCUAGAUUUUCCCUGUACUCUGUACCUCUGUCAGAGGGAGCACCAUACUGGCAAAAUAAGGUGUGUGUUUUUUUUUCACCCCCAGAGACAAUGACUAGAAAGUGUUACUAGUCUGUGUGUACAACAGGUCAAAUAUUACAGAUCAAAUGAAACUUAUAAUUUUCAGUUACCCUAUUGGAGACAGAUGGAUUUUCAAACCCUGAGUAAUAGCAAUCUCAGUUGGAAUAAUUUAAAAAUCAAAUUAUUUUAGCACUAAGUGAAAGUUAAUGUGUACAUUAUUUCUAAUCUUCAUAAAUAAAUACUUGCUUUUUGUA